CCUUCUUCAACCUUGCCCUCAAAAGUUAAUGACAAAGGCCCCUACAAUUCCUCCCUUAAACACUCGCCAUUACGAGCCCAGAUUUCGGAUUCUGCUUCAUGUACAGCCUCCUCUCUCUCUCUCACUCACACACGCACUGAGAGUGUGGUGAGAAGGAACUGAGAAUGACGGAGCUAGGGUUUGAAGACCAGAACCAGUUGAGAUCGAGCUUCAGGGCUCGAGAUGGUAGUCCUGACUCGGUGAUUUUCACUGUCGAGUCUAACUUCAGUCGCUUCUCUUCUACUUCUGGUAGCGUUGAUCGUUGCUCCUUUGCUUCUGAUAUUCAUGAUCAGGACUCUCCGGUCUCCGAAAUCUCUCUGCAUUUGGCAGGACAUGAUUACCGUGAGACGUCGAGUGGUCCAGAUCUAGAUCUAAACAAAGCCACAGUACACAAGAAUAACCACUUGAGGAGAAAGGAAAAAGUAAAAGUUCAAAAACAAGACCAGAAUGAGUCUCAGACAGAGGACGGAUAUCUGACCACAGAUUCUGCAAGAAAUUCCUUCUCUCUAGCUCUCAAAGAAUGUCAAGACCGGAGGGUCAGAUCUGAAGCUUUAUUAAGGAGAGUGGACAGACAAAGACCUGCUUCUCUAGAUUUCAACAACUCUAUAUUUACUGCAACCAGUUCUUCUCCGCGGUUUGGAAUCAUGAAGAAAAGCUCUGUUACGACUCACCGAACAGGAAUAUUUCCGAGCCCUGGGACGCCAAAUUAUGGGCUUGGGAACAUUGGGAUUCAGAAAGGUUGGAGUUCAGAGCGUGUACCUUUGCAUAGAAAUGGUAAUAGGAGGCAUGUGGGGUCUGCAUUGGUGCCUUUCAAUAAUGGAAAGACACUGCCUUCCAAAUGGGAAGAUGCUGAGAGGUGGAUUUUCAGUCCAGUUUCAGGAGAUGGUGCUUUCAGGCCUUCAUAUCCGCAACCGCAGAGGCAGUCUAAGUCUAAAAGUGGGCCCCUUGGGCCUCCUGGGAUUGCGUACUGUUCAUUGUAUUCCCCAGCAGUACCUAUGUUGGAAGGAGGGAAUGUAGUAGCGGAUUAUCCAUUUUCGGCUGGAGUGAUGGCAGUGGAUGGUUUGACAAUUCAGUGUGGUGCAGGCCCUGGGGGACCGGGAAAUUUUCCUGCUUGCAUCGAGGCUUGUAUGGCAAGGUCAGUUAGUGUACAUGGGUGCUCUGAACGCUUGAGUCUAUCAUCGUUGCCUGGCUCUCAGGAUGCAGAUGAGAGCCUUCAUGAAGUUAAAGAUGCAGCCGCCAGCAUUGCUCGUGCUGUUUCGAGAAGGGAUAUGGCAACCCAGAUGAGCCCUGAGGGUAGCCCUGUGUCAUCUUACAGGGGACGGCUCUCUUUCUCGCCUAGUCCAUCUAUACUACCCAUUGGGGAGAUGCAGAGUGUUAAUUCCUCUAAACAAGAAGUCAGAGAUGUGCAGGUCGAUGAACGGGUCACUAUGACUAGGUGGUCUAAGAAACAUAGAUCUCAAAUUCCAGGGAAAUGCUCUGAAAAUGUUGAUGCGUGGAAGAGGAAAGCCAUUGAUGUUCAAUCAUCUGGUUGGGAAGUUGCAGCAUCAGCACACAGCAUUUCCAAGAUUAAGAGGGAGGAAGCCAAAAUUGCUGCAUGGGAGAACCUGCAGAAGGCAAAAGCUGAGGCAGCGAUACGGAAACUAGAGGUUAAUUUUUGAUUGCAUAAUUUAAAAUUUUCAGUUCCAAAGUUCGCAAGGCUCAACCCUUAUGGACGGAUCCAUGUUUUCAUUGCAGUAUUACAAGUUAACAUAUGUUUGUCUAUUUCUGGAAACAAAACUAAACUAGCCUAGACAGGAAUUAAUCCAGUUGGAGCAUUUAGUAUUGCUGAAACAUGAUCUUCUAUAAGCUCCAUCAAUCUACUUCUAGCCAAAGUUAUGCUUAUGAAAUCAGUGCUGAUGAAAAAUGUCUUAAAUGCAUGAGGUACCUUAGUUCGGAUAUUUAUCAGGACUAGGAAUCAAUCAUGUUGGAGCAUUUUGCAUUUGUUAGUAUGACCAUACUAUAGUAAAAUGUGUGCUUCAGAUGAAACUGGAAAAGAAGAGAUCCUCGUCCAUGGAUAAGAUUACGAACAAACUGAGAUCAGCACAGAAGAAAGCCCAUGAAAUGAGGAGCUCAACAUUAGCCAACCAGGACCAUCAAGUUGCUAGAACCUCUCACAAGGCCAUAACUCUCCACAGAAUUCGCCAGAUGCGUUCCUUGAGUGGCUGCUUUACCUGCCAUGCAUUUUAGUUUGCAUCCAGCUAUCUUUUUCUUCAGUGUAAUCAGCUUCGAUUGUAAGGUAAUUUUCGUGUGCAGUGUCAGUGUGUCAUGUCCAAAAAUUCCGAGUUCAUUUUUGUUUUUCAAAUGCAAAAUCUGGACAGUGCAUAGAAAUCUGGUAGACUAAUGUGUUAGACAAAGGUGAAUGGUGGAUGUACAGCACAAUGCCAGAACUAUUUUGACACUAAAAACUGGUGUCAACUCAGUUCUGGGGCAGGAUCAAGCCCCAGUAUCCCACCAAAAAAAAUCAGAUGAUACAUGAGAUCCAGAGUGCAGUAUUCCUGAGAUUCUUUGUUUAACAUUCUG